AUGGAGCGAACGAUCGAGCAACGUGUUAGCAUCAAAUUUUGUGUGAAAUUAAAAAAAACCGCCACGGAAACUCUUAAAAUGAUUCAAGAGGCUUUCGGUGAGGAUGCCCUAUCCAGAACUCAAGUGUUUGAGUGGCACAAAAAUUUCCGGGACGGCCGCGAAGACGUCCAUGACGAGCAACGCAUCGGCCGUCCAGUAUCCACUCACACGGACGCAAAUGUGAAGAAAGUGCGUGAUGUUUUGAACAAUGACCGUCGUUUGAGCAUCCGGAUGAUCGCCGAUGAGGUGGGCAUUGACAAAAUGACCGUGCACAACAUUAUUACAAACGAUUUGGGCAUGAGAAAAAUUUGCGCGAAGCUCGUGCCCAAAGUUCUCACGGACGAGCAAAAGGAACGUCGCGUCGCUGUCGCUUCGGAAAUGAUUGAUCGACUGCAAACUGAACCAGAAAUUUUGGACCGUGUUAUUUCAGGAGACGAGUCAUGGGUUUUUGAAUACGACCCUGAAACAAAAAGGCAAAGUACAGAAUGGCACACGUCGGCGUCGCCGCGACCCAAAAAAGCGCGGAUGAGCAAAUCGAGGGUGAAGUCGAUGCUCAUCGCAUUUUUUGACGUCAAAGGUAUUGUUCACAAAGAAUUUGUACCGCCAGGACAAACAGUAAACGGCGAGUUCUACAAAGGGGUGAUCCGAUGA